UGUUGAGAUAUUUUAUUUGUAUCUGAAAUUGUUAAAAUGAAUAGAAAUUUAAUGGAUAAAACUUUAUUCACUGAAACUACAACUUAAUUCUUACCUUGGGAUUAAUGAGAUUAUGGCGCAAUCAAAUAGGUUUCCAAUGCCGGGAAGUAUUUCUACAACAAAACCGUUUAAGAGUAGACCUACCACAACCACCCAAGAUGUAGAUCUAGAUUUAUCUGACGAUUCUGAUGCUGACGAGAAGAAACCGAUAGAAGAUGACCAAGAGACAUUACUUGAUCUUUCGGUUAAAUACCCAGAUUAUGACAAUACGGGUUCAAAAACAUACGAAAAAGCAUGUCGAAAAUUCGAUGUCGUUCCAUCAUCAAAAAUAACCAGAAAAAUGGACAGUGAUAAGGAGACAACACUUGAUCUAAAACAUUAUGGCCUAGAUAGUAAAGGGACGAUGGCUGUUGCCAUGGCAAUGGUGGUAAACACUACCUUAACCAAAUUGAACUUAAAAGGAAAUAAUAUAGGUGAAUCAGGAAUGCUUUAUAUACAAGUAAUGAUGUCAGAAAAUACAACAAUUACAUCAUUGGACAUUUCAGAGAAUAAUCUGAAAUCGUUUGGUGCUAAAUCUAUUGGUAUGAUGUUACAUGACAACAAGUUUCUUAGAGAACUAAAUAUAGGAGGAAACGGCUUUACAGACCUCGAUGCACCUUUCCUUACCAAAAAGAUUGAGGAACACAUGGCCCUGCAUUAUUUAAAUCUUAGCCACAAUUUGUUUGGUGAUUUAUCAGGGAACUCAUUUGAACACAUGAUAGCUGAAAAUGUGUCAUUGGAGGAGUUAGAUUUGAGCUGGAACCAGUUCAGAAUUAUUGGUGCUAAAAAGAUAGCUAGUGGGUUGAAGGAAAAUGACCACUUAAAGAUAGUAAACGCGUCUUGGAACGGAUACGAUGACGAUGGAGGAGCUGCAUUCGGUGAUGUUCUUGCCAAUAAUAAAUAUUUAAUAGAAUUAGACAUAUCAUGUUGUAGAAUAGGUCCGGAAGGAUUUGGAAAAGUUAUGAAAGGUCUUAAAAGUAACGACACUUUAGAAGUUUUAAAGAUUGGUAAGAACAAUAUUCCUGAUAGCGCAGUAGAAACAGCUGUAGAGCUACUAUUGACUCUAGAUGCAUCGACCUUUAAGCUAGAAUGUUUAGAUUUAUCAGAUGUUAUGCUAACAGGAAAAUCUCAGGAAAGGCUAGCAGAGCUUAAAGAACCUUUUCCAGAAUUGGAAAUAAUACAUGGAUAUACCGAUUCCUAUGGAAAGAGGAGGAUGGUUGGAUUCGGUGACAUGGGACAAGAAGCUUUAUUAUGUUUGAAAGAAUAUUUAGAAGAAUGUAAUAUGACAGUAACUGAGCUAUUCAGUAGGUUUGAUGAGGAUGGCAGUAAUAGUGUAGAUUAUGAUGAGUUUAGACAAGGAAUCCGGGAUGAAUGUAUACCAUUAUCGUCGGAACAAGUAGACCACUUAAUCAAAUAUAUAGAUAUCGAUGGAGACGGUGACAUAGACUUCAGUGAACUGGUACUUAAAAUAAAAGAGAUAACGAAGAAGCGAGCAGAGGAGAUGGCGCAGAGAGAUGCAGAAUCUGCUAAACGGCGGCGAUAGAUUUCCAUAAUAUAACUGUAUGAACUACUCACCAGACCCGUAACCAGGCUAGAUUUUAGGCAAGGGAGGGGUUUCACAAUAUAUUGCAUCAUCAUUUGCAGCAGUGUCUUACAUUUAAUGUCAAUGCUUAUCUCGAAUCAACUAUACAACAAUAUUCUUGAUAUCUAAGUAUGUUCUAUCGAAUCCCGUUUAUCCCCUUUGCUACGGCCAUGAUAAAUUAGAUUAUCAUUGAUCGUAUAGCAAUAAAUAUAAUGGCUAUAGCAAAUCUUAAGAGUCUUACACUACCUAAAAGGCGAAUACAUUUCGUUUUUACAAAUUCUAUGUGGAGGUUAACUUUUCGGUGGGAGAAUACAUAUACGAACAAACCGUGAACUGAUAUUCCUUACAUGUCCACUGGUAACAACGAUUAUUUAAUUUAAAGUAUAAUGAAAUAUUUUAUUUCAUGUCACUGACUGAAUAAAUGUUCUAUGCAAUAUGUAAAUAUGAUUUGUAAAUGGUUUGACAUUUACGACGUACUGUUUCUAAAUAUAUAGAACAAUAUUAAUGAGAGCCACAAGCUUGUUUUCUGUCAGGAGAACUAGAUCUGUAUGCCAAUUAAAUGAAUGUAUUUGGGUUAUUUGACAUGUCAAUUCCCUGUUUUACAAGCGAUUUUAAUACAAAAAUAAAUUAAUGAAGAUAACUGA